AUGUCCGGACCACCCGUCGCCUUCUCCUCCCUGCCUCUCUCCAAAGACCAUGAAGCAGCGCGCCUCAACGCCUGGGGCGCCUACGGCCCCUCCGACGAACUAGGCUUCCUCAACCGCCAAACCCCCGAGAUCGUCGCCGCCGCCGCCAGUGAAAUCAAGACCGGCGUACGCAUCCCGCUCGACGCAGCGCUGGACUUCCAGGGCGGCAAACCACUCUUCGGCCGUCAAGUCUUCGCAAAGGACGUAUACCAGAAGAAGCCGCGCAUAGUGCACGACGACACAUGGGCCUUCAACACGCAGAGUUCAACACAGUGGGACGGCCUGCGCCAUUUUGGGUACCAGAAAGCAGGACGUUUCUACAACGGGACGACCGUCGAAGAUAUCGCUGGCACGAGCGAGAAAGGCAAGACCAACCCCAAUAUCCUGGGCAUUCAUAAAUCCGUGGAGAAUGGGGGUGUCAUGGGCCGUGGCAUCCUCGUCGACUUCAGGCGGUGGAUCGACGAAGGGCCCGGCAAAGAUAUCGUCGCGGGAUCGUUCAAGAGCUUCGAAACAUCCACGAUAAAAUUCGAAUGGAUUCUUGAAGUCUUGAAAUGGCAAGGGACGACUCCCAAAUUCGGCGACAUCCUCAUUGUCAGAUCUGGGUUCUUCAAGUCCUACUACGAUAUGCUGGAGAAUAAUGUGUCGGAGCUGGAUCGUCUGACGAACAUGAGCCCGCCUGGUCUAGGCGGCGUCGAGCAGUCUGAUGAGGUGCUGAAAUGGAUCUGGGAUAACUUCUCCGCGGUGGCGGCUGAUCAUCCUAGCUUUGAACGGUGGCCGAGUCCGCAUGAUUGGAGUAUGCAUGAGGUACUGCUCGCGGGCUGGGGUUGCAACAUUGGUGAAUUGCUCGACCUCGAAAAGUUGAGUGUCGAGUGUGCGAGGCAGAAACGCUGGAGUUUCUUCGUCGCGAGUAUUCCCUGUUAUGUCCCUGGUGGAGUCGCCAGUCCUGUGAAUGGAGUGGCUAUCUUCUAG